AUGAGAAACCCGAAUCUAGAAAUGCAAUCUUAUUUGGGGAUCUUCCAAUGCCCCGCGGCUGCAAAACUAAGAGCGUGCAUGCAGAUGCAGUCAGCUUUACGUAAAAUUCCCCUGGCUCUCAAGGUAUUCCCGAGUUCAAGUCUUUUGCAAAAUUCGGCAGUUAUGUUUGGCAAUAGACGCUAUCGAGACAAGAAAAUAAAGGUCAAGUGUGAUAUGAACCUCCACCACGAAAUAUCACGAUUCCGACUCGAUUAUGGUGUAUCUACAGUCAUGUACCGUGCUCAAUGUACAACAACUCUUCACGUGAUUACGACAACUCCGCACGAAUGGCAGAGCAUCACAUGCCUAAUAAUCAAGCUCUCCUUACCCGUGAUGAAUGUAAUUGGAAUCAUCAUUGGCCUCACUACUAGCAUUGACGUCAAGAUUAAGAUCUACGAUUUUGCCCAGUCGGCUUACUGCACGGACCGGUCUUUUGAGAUCGUUAUAUACACUGGUAUGCGGCAUUUGCAUUACAAGAAGCUCCGCAUAACCGCGCAGCUGCAAAUCAUGUGA